AAAGAAGGAAAUUACUGGGUGGUGCAUGCCUUUAUUCCCACCCAGCACUUAGGAGGCAGACAAAUCUGAGUUCGAGGCCAUCCUGGUCUACAAAGUGAGUUCAAGGACAGACAGCCACAGCUAUAUAGAGAAACCCUCCUUGAAAUAUUUAAAAAAGAAAGAAUGAAUUCAUUAUUUUCAUUUUAGAUUCUUAGUUUGAUAAAUUUUCCAUGUGAUUACUACUAUUUACAUUUCUUUUGUUAUUGUUUUUCAUAUAUAUUCAGUCAAAAAUACAAAAGUAUUUUGUUUACUCUAUGUAGUCCUUUUUUUAAAAGGCUUUUUAUUUAUUUAUUCAUUUAUUUAUUUGCUCUUUUAAGAUAGGGUCUGUCUGUGUAGCACUGGCUGUUCUGAACCUAACUCUAUAUUCCAGGUGGGCCUUGAACUCCACUGCCUCUGCCUCUUGAGAGCUGGGGUUAAAGGAGUGCACCACCAUCGCCCAUCCACCCUAUCUAGUCUUAAGGUAAAUAUAUAUGUGAAAUUUUUUUUUAAAAAAGUAAUAAAAUUAAGUAUAGUUAAUAUACUAGUGGAAUACGAGGUGGAGUUGCUCAAGAAUUUAUGGCUCAGAAUUCCUUGUUUUUGUUUCCUUUGUGUUCUUAUAAGUCUUUGCUGUUUUGGAAUUUUCUCCCAAUUAUCUUUGAACCAAAAAGCACUGGAAUAAAGAUAUAUUUGUUGUAAAAUGUUAUUCCGCAUAGUUUUAAGUAUUUAUAUUUAUAGAAGUCAACUGAUAGAAAGGUAUACUUUUAAAGAGGGCAGGGCUAGGGCUGCUCUCUCAUGGUGAUAAGACUUUUGCCCUGAAACUGUAGACCUCAAGAACAUUGAUAGGCAAAACUAAUAUAUACUAGAUGUAUUAUGUUCGCAGAGCUAACAACAACAACAACAAAAAAAAAACUAUUAUAAGUUUAAGCCAAAAGGAACUUGGUGCUUAGGAUAAAUUUCUUACUGUGAUAUUAUACACUGAUGCAGAGAGUAGUCUAUUUUGGGAUGGGGAGAGGGUGUGUGAAGUGCCUGCCAUGGACGUAUAACGUGGAUCUGUGCACUAAUGUAGAAACUCAAAUGUAUGGCGGGAGUUAACUAACUGGAAAGCACUAGUUUAGUGAGACCCUGUCUCAAAGUAAAAGUUGGAGAGCAGCUGCCUCUGACAGGCGCUAGCGCACGCGCGCACGCACGCACGCACACACGCACACACACACACACACACACACACACACACACACACACACACACACACACUCGUGCGCGAGUAGUAGAUUCACAUGUGGAGGUUAGAGGAUAGAUAACCUCAGGCGUUUUGUCUUCUGCUUUGUUUGAGACAGAUGAUUCACUGCUCUGUAUAGGAUGAGCAUCUGGAGAAUCUCUUGCUUUCUUUCCAUUUUGCAGUAGGAGUGCUGCAUGUCUAAUUUUCCCUGAGUGCUGGGAAUCCCUAGCAAGCACUUUGCUCACUGAGCAUCUCUCCAGGCCUGUUUGUUUGUGUUUUAAAUUUUAUUACCUCCCACCAUUUUCCGGGUAGGGUACAAGUGCCAUGACUGUGUGGCAGUCUUCUAGCCUGUGUGGUCUAGGACUUGAACUUAGUAGAUAAGGUUUGGUAGCAAGGAUCUUUAGCUAUUGAGCUAUCUUACUGGCCCACUAUUUGCUUGUUUUUAGGGCAAGGUCUCAUUACAUAACCAUAGCUGGCCUAGUAGUCCCUAUGUAAUGGAGGUUGUUUUGAACUCAGAGUCUAAAAUUUUUUUUGGAUAUAGUGGCUGUAUUGCUGUUUUAACUUUAAUCAUUGUACGGAUUUCUAGUCUAGGAAUAUCUUACUAGUUUGUGUGUGUGUUUGUGUAUGUGUAUAUGUGUGUGUGUGUGUGUGUGUGUGUGAGAGAGAGAGAGAGAGAGAGAGAGAGAGAGAUUGAUUGAUUGAUUGAUUGAUUGAUUGAUUGAUUCUGGCUGUCCUGAGGUUUCUCUCCAGGAUAGAAUGUUUGAAUUUGGUAAUUACUACACAGCAUCAUCUUUUUUUUUUCCUUUUUAAAAAAAAAAAGAUUUAUUCAUUCAUUCAUAUUCAUUCAUUCAUUCAUUCAUUCAUUCAGUAUACAGUGUUAUGCCUGCAUGUAUGCCUGCAUGCCAGAAAAGGGCACCAAUCUCAUUAUAGAUAGUUGUGAGCCACCAUGUGGUUGCUGGGAAUUGAACUCAGGACCUCUGGAGGAACAGUCAGUGCUCCUAACUCCAUCUCUCCAGCCCUUGUUGUUUGUUUUGUUUCUUUUGUUUUGUUGGGUUGUCGAUACUGUUGUUGUUGAAUCAGGGUUUCUCUGUCAAUAGUUUUGACUACUUUGGAACUUGCUUUGCAGACCAGGUUGGCCUCAAACUCAGAAAUUUGCCUGCCUCCAGAGUAUUGGGAUUAAGGGCAAGUACCACCAUGCCUGGCCACAAAUGAAAAUUUAAUGGCAGUUUAAAAUGGAAGACCCUUGUAGAUACUCUGAUAGACAUGUCUAUUCUUCCUAACCAAAGUCAAUAAAAUUUCUCCAAGAUUAGUAGAGCGCUUGCCUAGGAACCGCAAGGCCCUGGGUUCGGUCCCCAGCUCCAAAAAAAAAAAAAGGAUAUUUAGAGGCUGGAGAGAUGGCUCAGUGGUUAAGAGCACUGUCUUCCAGUGGUUCUGAGUUCAGAUCCCAGCAACCACAUGGUGGCUCACAACCAUCUGUAAUGGGAUCCGUUGCCCUCUUGUGGUGUGUGAAGAGAGUGACAGUGUACUCACAUGCAUAAUAUAAAUAAUCUUUUUAAACAAUAGGAGAUUUAAAAUAAAAACAAAGUUAAUCAGGAGCAUAUGUGACAAAACAUGCCCAUAAGACCUGUAGCUGGGGGAUCAGGAGUUAAAGCUAUCACCACCUAUAUAGCAAGUGUGAGGCCAGUCUAUUUCCAAAAAGCACAGUUGCAGAGGUGCGUGAGAUAAUUCAGUUGAGUUACUAAGAUCCACAUGGUAGAGGGGAUAACUAACUACUGCUAGUUGUCCUCUGAUCUCCACACGUAUGCAUGAUAUGGCAUGCCCUCCUCUCCCACAUAGCCUAUUAUGAAAAUUUUUAAACACUCAAAAAUUACAAAAAAAGGAUUGAAAAUGAAAUUGAGUGGGUUUACUAUGUAUUAGACACUGCUAAAAUAAAUAGUAUCCCAUGUCAAGGACUAGCUUCUAGUGAAUUGUGUUCCUGGAACCAAAUUCAUCUUGAAACCUUGGCUAAUUUUGACUAUAAGGAGUAGGGCUCAAUAUAAUACGAGUUCCUAUCUUGCUUUAAAAAGUAUAAGUAAGUUCAGUUGGAUCCCGGCAGCAGCUGCGGCGGCUCUGUUCUCUAGCUCUUUUCUGUCUCCCUUUUGUUUCUGGAAACAUGGCCUCUGGUGUGGCUGUGUCUGAUGGAGUCAUCAAGGUGUUCAAUGACAUGAAAGUUUGCAAGUCUUCAAUGCCAGAAGUGAAGAAACACAAGAAGACAGUGCUCUUUUGCCUGAGUGAGGACAAGAAGAACAUCAUCCUGGAGGAGGGCAAGGAGAUUCUGGUAGGAGAUGUGGGGCAGACUGUGGAUGACCCCUACACCACUUUUGUCAAGAUGCUGCCAGACAAGGACUGCCGCUAUGCUCUCUAUGACGCAACCUAUGAGACCAAGGAGAGCAAGAAGGAGGACCUGGUAUUCAUCUUCUGGACCCCUGAGAGUGCACCCCUUAAGAGCAAAAUGAUCUAUGCCAGCUCCAAGGAUGCCAUCAAGAAGAAACUGACAGGAAUCAAGCAUGAAUUACAAGCUAACUGCUACGAGGAGGUCAAGGACUGCUGCACCCUGGCAGAGAAACUAGGUGGCAGGGCUGUCAUUUCCCUGGAGGGCAAGCCUUUGUGAGCCACCUCCAGCCCCUUCCUGGAGCAUCUAGCAGCCCCAGACCUACUCUUGGGUGUUGCAGGCUGCCCUUUUCCUGCUAGAUUGGAGGGGCUGGGGGAAUUCCAGCAGGGGGAGGGUUAUCCCUUCUCCCCAGUUGCCAAACAUCCCUCCCACCCCCCUGGACCGUCCUUUUCCCUCCAUCCCUGAUGGUUCUGGCCUUCCCAAACUGCUUUUGAUCUUCUGAUUCCUCUUGGGUUGAAGCAGACCAAGUCCCAUCCUAGGCACCCAGUUUGGGGGGAGCCUGUAUUUUUUAACGACACCCCUACUCCUCAUCCUCCCAUCCCAUGCUGCCAACUUCUAACCAUAAUAGUGACUCUGUGCUUGUCUGUUUAAUUCUGUGUGUAAAUGAACUGUGGAAAUGACCCUCCCUGUACCAGCUGGUUGCCCUCCCCUUUCCCUUGAUCUUGGCCACUCAUGGAAGCAGGACCAGUAACGGACCUUCAAUUUAAAAAAACAAAAAACAAAUAAAACCAAUAAAAAGGCUAAUUAACAAAAAAAAAAA